GUGCAACUUAAUCCUCACCUAUGUGUUAGAUCAGUCGCCUUUUCUGUUGAUCAUGGUUAAAGUUACUUAGCAGAGUUACUAGAGUAUAUUUACCUUCAGUGUAAUAUCACUGCAUACUUAUAACAUUGGCAUCUUUUUAUUGACUUGUGAAGACAAGCAAAUCAUAAUAUUGUUGUGUCUUUCACCAAUGAUUUAUACAUUUCUGGUUCUGUGCAGUUUCACCCAUUAUAAAACUUACUCAUCAUUCAAUGUCAAAGACUUGGAUACAGUUGACCGAGGUGUUGAAAACUACUUUCUUCAUGCCCUUGACAAUACUACAUGGAAUGGGAAUAAUGAAGUUGUUGAUAAUCAAGCACAACAAGCUGAUUGGGAUAUUCUUAUUGGACAUAUGCUAGGGAUAGAUCACUGUGGGCAUACGUUUGGACAAAAACAUCCAGAGAUGAUAAGAAAGUUGAAUGAACUAAACAGUUUUAUAAAACAUAUUGUUUCUAAACUUCAAUCUUCCGACAUCCUGUUUAUUUUGGGUGACCAUGGAAUGACACAAUCAGGUGAUCAUGGUGGAGAUAGUAACGCCGAACUGGAAGCUGCUUUGAUCGUUUUUACUGCUGAUCAGGGUUCACUUACCAUAAAAAAUGAUUCAAAAAAACAAACAAAUAAACGAUUAAGUCAAAUAGAUCUUGUGCCGACGUUAUCACUCCUAACUAAUGUUCCAAUACCUUAUUCAAACUUGGGCAUACUAUCUAACGAUCUGCUAGUAAAUGGAGCUAACCUUCAUCAGGGCAUGGUAUUAAAUUUUAUACAGAUGUUUACAUACACUGCCAAUUAUUUUUACAACAUAAGUAAAUUGCCACUUUCCCCAAUGCUUUUUUCUUAUAUGAAUCGUAUCAAAGAGAGUUCAUCUUAUGACUGGGUGGAACAAUUGAAUGAUGUAGAGUUAGUAAAUAUUCUCAAAGAAUUACAAUCUAUAUUUCGCGUUAAUUGGACUCAAUUCAAUGAAUUACGUAUAUUCCUUGGCAUACUUCUCACAAGUUUCAGUUUAAUCACUCUUGCACUGUCAAUUGAAAAAAUUUACAAUAUUCAUGAUUUGAAUAUUAGUAAUAUUUGUUUAUUGUUUGCUUGUUUAUUGUCAUUUUUAUGCAUGAAUGUAUGUUAUUCAAAAAUUUUAUUAUAUUUUAUUAUUCUACUAUUGUUAAUCUUACCUUGUAUUAUAUAUGUAAGCAAUAAUUUUUCAAAAUUAUUAUUAUUAUUAUUAUCAAAUUUUAAUAAUAUAUUCAAUGGCAAUUUUGUCAGUUUCAUUUUAUUGCUUUUAUUUUCUACAAGUUAUUUAUCGAAUAGCAUAAUUAUCUAUGAAUUUCAUGUAACAUUUUUUUUAAUUCAAAGCAUUAAUAUCAUGUUUUUAGUUUAUUCAUUCAUUUCUAUGUACCGUGUGCCUGAUGUUACUUCGUAUAGCAUUAAUCAUAUUGGUUUGAAAUUUUUUCGAAUAUUCUCAUUUCUUCCUCAUCUUUCAUGUAUGGUUCUACUUUUGCUAGGACUUUUGCUAUGGUUUCGUUUAUAUAUUCGACAUUUUUCAGUUUGUCGUGAAGAAAUAAGUUUCAGAACUUCAUGUCGAUCUACGCUUGAUCCAUGGAUUGCAAAACCUUUGAGUAAAUUAAAUCCUAUUAACGAAUUCAAUCCAGUUGGUGUAGUACGUGUGACUGUUGCUAUUUUAAUGUUAAUCACAUUUUUGUACAUUUAUUGGCGACUAUUAUUUGAUUAUCAAAAACUUUUUAUAGGUAUAAAUCAGUUGAAUAAAAUUAGUUGGAGAAAAUUUAGUUUAUUUAUACUAAUUGGCAGUUUGUUUUCGUUGUUAUGGAUGGUGGAUUCCGCUGAAUCAAAUAAUUGGAUUGGAUUCAUUCGAAAACAUAACUUACAUACUAUACGAAUUUGGAUUGCUCGUAUUUUAUUGAUCAUUAUAUUCUAUGUAUUUUUUCAACUUGUAAAAUGUCCAUUUCAUUUUGUGCAACAAAUACAAUUUAUAAAUUCUAUUCAAUCUAAUCAUUGUAAACAAUGGAUUGAAAGAAUUCUACUAAAUCUAUACACUUUAUGGUCAAUGACCUGUUUCACAAUCUUACCAUUACUUUCUUUACUUAUUUUCCUAAAUGAAUUUCAUAUAAUUUGGUUAGUUUUUUACACUAUUUUCAUUCAAAUAUUUACACAUAGAAAUUUGAAAAAAUGUAAUCAUAUGAAUCAAUGUAUGGAAAGUCCACUACUGCUUUAUGUACCUCAGAAUCACAUCUCAUGGAUUUUCGCAGUAUUUCUUUGCUUACUAGAUAACUUGUCUUUUUUUAUAACGGGCCAUCAGCCAACAUUAUCUGGAAUUCCUUGGGAUGCCGCUUAUGCUGCUUAUGAAGGUGAUCAUAGUACUCGAUGGUUACCAGGACUGACUGUUCUCUUGCAUUUGUAUUCAGGUCCGAUAUUGAUUGCUCUCAGUUUGCCUAUAGUUAUAAUUUUGUCUAUAUUUCAUCAGCAUAUUCAUGGGAAAAUGACCCAUUCACAUUUCAACAAUAGCCAAAACACUGGUUUUUACGAAUUUGUUGACGCUUUGGAUUUAUUCAUUUGGAGAUUCAUUAUCAGUAAAAGUAUUUUGACCUUGGGUUGCAUGCUUAGCACUGGUAUAUUGCGUCGUCAUCUAAUGGUAUGGAAGAUAUUUGCACCACGUUUGUUAUUUUCAAUUCUAAGUUUACUUAUAUCAGUUGUAUGUCUCCCGUUGAUUCGUUUUUUAGUUGUGUGUUGUCUUCACAAGAGAAUUUGUAAAAUUUUAGAAAAUAACAUACAUGUGUAUUGUACAUCAUAGACUUAUACGUUUGUCAAUGAAAUCAUAUAUAUUUUUUUCUCUGCUCAUCAUAGAUUGAUCUUAUUUUAAAAAUGCUUGACUUGUUGUAAAUUGUUAGAAACUAACUAUUUUGAAUGUGUACUACUACAUGCUGCUGUACAAUAACUCUCUCACUCUAAUUUGUGAUACUACAAUUUCAUUUAUUUCCCUGUUUUUUUUCUAUCGUGUAAUGAGGUUAUAUAUGCGUCUUCUGAAAGUUUCAAUAUUCAUUAUUCACAAUUUAUCUUUUGAUAAAAUCUAUCUGCGUUUUAAUAGACAUUUUCACUGAGACAGUCUAAUUAAUCAUAAUGGCAAGCAAGAAUUUAAGUAAACUAAAAAUUUCAAAUCUUAUUGACAAAUAUUU